CCGCCAAUUGACUUAUAGGUUACACUAUAGUUAUGAUAGCGUUAUUAUUUUGAAAAACCUACAGGAGCCAUGAUGAAGAGAAGAAUACAAACACAAUGGUCAGUGUUCUGCCUUAUGUUGGGGAUGUACGGUGUAUUGUCACACGACCCUGAGUUUGUGGCCCCAGUCAAUCCGUGUCGUGACCAGGACGUCAUCUGUCCAAUCACCUGUAGACUGAUGAGGAUGUCAGGUUCCACUAACUGCGAGUUCUGUUUCUGUACCAACCCUCUAGAUUCAGUAGCAUGGCCAGACCCUACGACAACAGUAAUCCCAACCACCUCCACGACCAUCGCCCUUCCUCCCGGGCACUCUAUCGUAAACAAUGUUCAUUACGUGGAGCUGAAGAACCCGUGCGUACUCUCAAACGCCAUGUGCCCAUUAAAGUGUAUACGGAGCAAUGUUACCAUGGAUACCGGGAGAACAUGCGAGAGAUGCGAAUGUCCGGAUAUACAUCAUAGACUAGACAGUGAGCAGUCUAUUGUGGUUGGGAAGCGAGAAGAGUCUAAAGGUUCUAUGAUACGAGGCGGAAUUUCGAAGGUGGAGCGCAACUUUCUGAAUAGACAGCAGGUUCCUGGACACCAAGGUCAAGAAAUGAUGCACCAUGAAUUCUGGAACAGACCAUGCAUGCCGUUCUUCACUUGCCCUAUAUUCUCCUGUCCACCUGGUCAGCACAUGCCCGUUAAACCAAAUGGAUGCCGUAUCUGUCAAUGUGUGGAUAGGCAGGGUCCAAACCCUUCUGUCGCACAUGUUACCAAACGUCCUACCACUACAAUGGAACCCACAGCGCCACCUACAACUAUAGAUCCCGCAAAAUUGUUGGAAAUGUUUUGCCUACCUAAAGAGGAAGACUGUCCAUCAUCGUGUCACGUGACUGACUACAGAGUGGGGUCGUGGAAUUGCUAUCAUUGUUCUUGUCCAGAUGGUCAGACUUUCGUCGCACUACAAAAUCCAUGUGACGUCACUUCCAGUUUAUGUCCCUCAAACUGCUCUAUCACCGAUGUGGAAGAGUUUUCCAAGCCUACUUCCUGUCAGGUCUGCGACUGCGUGAAAGCCUCACCAGCUAAUCAGAGGAUUCGAAAUCUCCAUUUCGCUCCUGGUCACAACACACAUGUAGCUUUUUCUGGGCCUGUUCAGGGAGGAAAUGGAUUUGACAACAGCCAACAGAUUCCUAAUGGCAUAGGAUUUUUCUACUCCCAUACACAUGAAUCGUCAAGUCAGCUACCAUCACAGGACCAUGUUACAUUAGCAAAGACCACGACUGAGCCUGGACCUACAGAAGACCCCGAACAUUUAUGUCUAACAAAUGAAAACGAUUGCCCGACACAAAUAUGCAUCCUACGAACAAUCGGCCAAAAUUGUCACCUGUGUCAGUGUGGAGACAUAUAUUUCCGCGAUGCUGAUGUCGGGAAAUUCAAAGUCCUGGUUACAAAACCUACCACUCUAAGUCAAACAACAACUGCUAUGUCGACGUCCACAUCGACAACAUCGCCGAUUAAUGUGACACCCUUAACGCAUGCGCCUUCUACUGCAAGAACAAUGACGCAUGCGCCUUCGGUCAUCAUUCCGGUGACACAGACAAGCACAAAAGGGCAACACAUCUCUGUGACCCACACUGUCGCAUCCACUUCCUGUUACAAAUGCAACGAGACUGAUUGUAAAUCAGACGACUUGGACGCAUGCGCACCAGGAAAAGACUUCUGUAUGAAUACCAUCACUCAGGACCGGAAUGGUCUGCGAAAGUUCAAACGGGAGUGUGUUGGAGAAGAGGACUGCUAUGAUAAAUGGUGGAUUCAGUCUAUGAAUAACCCAGUUUGUCUAGGCAUGUAUAAUACAGAAAAGGGCCCCUUAGAUCAACCGGAAGUGUGUUACUUUUGUUGUAAGGGGCCAUCGUGUAAUAGUGCAGCCAGGAUAGAGGAUUACAAUCUGUAUACCGGAGGAGAGCACGUGAUUGGAUAAUCUUGUGAUGGCCGUGUAUUGAUAUCGUACGUGUCUGAAGAUGUGAUACCGGCAAAUACAACACAGCAAAUUAGUAUCCAACUACAUUACUGUACGUUAUCAUUUAAGUGAUCAUAAUAAACUGAUAAAAAGGAGAGAAAUAUCAUUAGUAUCUUUAUCACAUUAGCUUGUUUACGUAAAUGUGUUGAUAUAUAGUGAACAUCAUAUACAAUACGACUUUCGCACAUCAUUUCCAUUCCCAUGGUAACACAACAGUUAACAUAAAACUGUACCAGCAUUCCAGAAUAUAGAGUAUACCAAAGUAUCAACGAGUAGUAACAAAACAGAACACAAUAUAACCCAUCAGGACAAAAAUAAAAUAUCAACCAAUCAGGACGAAAUUUUAUUUCAAAAUCGACAUUCAAAGUAUUCCACAAUAUCUAUACACAUUUACAAAAUAUACUUCAGCGUUUUUACAAGAUAAACAAGUUACAAACAGAUUAUCACAGCGUUAUCAUGGACACAUUGGCCACCAUCGACCAUCAAAUCUACCAGACGAAAUCGAAUACAUUGGCCACCAUUGACCAUCAAAUCUACCAGAAUUGCAUACAUUCAAUACCAGAGGAAUGGGUGUUAGUUUGUUAUUUUCGUCAGAACAUACUUCCAGUCAUAUUGUUUUUACAAAUAAUUACCAUGAUUCUUAUAUACAUGUUUUUUUUUUAUUUUAUCAAUCUGAUAAACAAUAUGUGUUAAUGAAUCUAAAGAUGAUGUAUCGUUGACAGCAUAUACAAUGCUUCUUAAAACAAUGCAUAAAAUUAUAUGGGAUAUAUGUAAUUAACAACAAUUAAGAAGACCUGAUAAUGAUCGUUUAUAAGACCGAAAGUUAUAACAAAAUAUUGAGACUGGAUACAAUUUAUUCUGGGUGUAAUGAAUUAUUUAUCUACAGAUAAUUAGGUAAUAGCGUAAAGUAUGCAUCGAAUACGUAGCAUAUGUAAAUAUAACAAUAUGAAAAAAAUCACGUUGUUUUCUUAACGCAAAUUAACAUGCAUUCGUCCACUGCGAAAUGUCUACGUUAGAAAUUAGCACUUUCAUGGAUAAAGUUUGGCAGACCUGCAAUUUGGAUACAGAGCCUGGAAAUGUUUUACGCGCCACGAAGCAUCAUCACAUCUCUAGUUCGAACUUUAUUUAAAAAA